AUGAGGAGGCCUGAAGGAGUGAGAGACACUACCAAUGAUGCCGCUGCGGACAGGCCUUUCUUCAGGGAGUUCAUAGUCAACCUGCCCGUGCAGAAAGCGCUGGGCUGGCAGCUCCAAUUUGAAAACGACACGAGCCCACUCUCGGUCGCCAAGAUCCGGGCCACGGGCGCGGUGCACGACUGGAACGAGAGGAAUCCGCUGAACGACAUCCAGGUCGGCGACCACAUUGCCAAGGUGAAUAACGUCUUUUGGCACAACAACACAGAGUCGUUCUUGGCCAAGGUCAAUCUCCAGAUGAAGCUCGCGCGCGAGGCCAAGCUGCCAGCCAAGCCGGUCGUCCAGCUGCUCGUGCAGAGGCCGUGGCGCACCUACGCGACCGAGUCCACCGUGUCGACAGAGGACUCCAGCGGGGACGCCGCUGGGGCGAGCGAGGAGGACGACCUGGGGGCCGUGAACUGA